AUGGCUGAUGGACAAGCAGGAGACUUGCCCGGUGCGGUGAAAUCAUAUGUCCAAGACAAAGAGGACAUCACAUACAGACUGUUCGCUAUGGGCAAAGAGGACGGUAACGUGGAGAAGAUCAAUACCGGCGUGGCCAAGGGAGAGACCACAGCAGUUCCAGCAGACAAUUCGCCGGUCUCAGAUGCUGGGACGACCAAGUCGUGGGAAGUAAUUGACCCUGUCGAUGCGAAUGAAGAAGCCCCCGGUGCUUAG